AUGUCCGACCACACAUCCAAGCGCAGGAAGCUCAGUCCUUCCCCGGAGAAUGCUGUUACUAGCUCUUCAACGAAACAGACAUCAAAAGUGACCGAGAAGCGAAACCCGACUCGAGGCAAAGAUGAGCGCUCCGCAGAGCUUGCAAUGGCCAGCGGCUUUUACAAGUCCAGUUUCUUCAAGCUGCAAAUGGACGAUCUGCUGGAGGGAUUGAGACCUAACUACAGCAAGCAAGUCUCAAAGGUUCAGGAAACACUACACCAAAUCAAGACCGCGAUUGAAGGCCUGCCCGAAAAGUCUCCGCAAUCUGUCCCUGAUGCCGAGAAGGAGCUACGUGCUUCUGGCCUGGUGGUUCCAUGGCCUGAGCCUCGGCCGAGCAAGGAUGUCAAGUACAGCAUGGCAUACGCAAAGCCAGCGAACAUCAAUGUGGUAGGUAGCUUUGCGCUAAAGACAGGCGCUCGCACUUUGGAAUCGCGCCCAAUUGAUAUGGCAGUCACCAUGCCGAGUUCGCUCUUCCAGGAGAAGGACUACGUAAACUUCAGAUACUUCCACAAGCGGGCCUACUAUAUCGCAUGCGUGGCUGCUGGGAUUCAAGACACCGCGAACACUCUCGGGUUUGAUCUCAAAUUUGGUCCUCAGGAUGGAGACAGUCUCCGUCCUCUCAUCUUGUUGGAACCGCGUCAAGCCGAAUCGUCCGGGCCCACAAUUCGAAUUCUGACCGCAAUCGAUCCUACGUUGUUCCCGAUCACAAGAACGCUUCCACUCAAAAGCAAUAUCCGCCAGGCCUCCAAUAACUCGGAGAUCGGCGAACCGACCUCGUAUUACAAUGCCAGCCUCCGUUCCGAUGCCACCGUCUCUCUCUAUCACAAGUCUAUCUACUCGGCCUCCAAGAAAUGCGAUUCUUUCAGCGAUGCAUGCAUUCUUGGCCGCACUUGGCUGCAACAACGAGGCUUCCAUACUCCCUUCCAGAAUGGAGGCUUUGGUGGUUUCGAAUGGACUGUACUUCUGUCUUUGCUGUUUGAAGGCGGUGGUCCGGCUGGACAACCGGUCCUGCUGCCAUCAUACAGCUGCUACCAAAUUUUCAAGGCCACCAUUCAAUUUUUGGCCGGCAGGGAUUUGACCACUCCUCUAUUCUUUGGCCAAGAGGUCCCAGUUCCUUCCGGGGUACCUGUUGUCUUUGAUGGCCGCAGAGGAUUGAACAUUCUUUACAAAAUGACGCCUUGGUCAUACACAACCCUGCGCCAUGAAGCCGCCAUCACCCUAAAAAUGCUCAAUGAGUCACGAGAGGACAACUUUGAUAAGGUUUUCAUUCUCAAGGUUGACGAACCGGCCCUCAGAUUUGACCGCUUGAUCUCAUUCCCCAAGUCAUUCAAUGGAGACACGCUCCGCGCUCUUCACGAACAGAAUGCUUUGUAUACCGUUCUUUCCCGGGCUCUGGGAGACAGAGUCAAACUUGUUUCUAUUGUGGGCCACGCCAUUGAUUCGUGGUCAGUCAAAUCCAAGCAGCCCAAACGGUCGAGCCAGGGUGUGUCUGUAGGACUGUUGUUGAAUGCUGAAAAUGUCGGACGAAUUGUCGACCACGGUCCGGCCGCAGAAGAAAAAGAAGAGUCUGCUUCGUUCCAAGCAUUCUGGGGUGAAAAGUCGGAACUUCGACGAUUCAAGGAUGGCAGCAUCCUGGAGAGUCUUGUGUGGUCUGACGAGUCAGAGACAUCUAUCAUCUAUCAGAUUUUGGAGUACAUACUCCAACGGCACUUCAAGAUCACCACCGAUGAAUUCGGAUUUGUUGGUGAUGAAUAUGACGAGCUCCUCAAAGAGCAUGGCGAUGGCAUUCUGGCAUACUCCAGCCCUGCUUUCCAGUCAAUCGACGAUGCCUUCAAGGAUCUUGAGAGAUCUAUUCGCGGCAUGGACGAAGUGCCACUGGAGGUACGUCACUUGGCACCGGCCAGUUCGCUUCUUCGUUAUACCUCCCUCAGACCAACGGGAGCCACCGACGUUGUUCUUCAGUUUGAAAGCUCCUCACGUUGGCCCGAUGACUUCGCCGCUAUCCAAAUGACCAAGGUUGCAUUCCUUUUGAAGAUUGGAGACUCACUGGAAUCAUCGGCUGCUGCCUCGUCUUGCCGUGUAGGCCUCGAAAACGAAUCGAGCAAGGUAAUCAACAAUGCUUAUUUGGAAAUCCCCCAUUCUUCUGGCGUGUUGUUCCGGUUGAGGAUUCACCACGAGCGUGAACAAACCCUACUCGAGCGCAAUCUCAAGGACCGAAAUCUGAGUCCCCGGGAGCGAGAAGAGGCCGCCUAUGCUCUCUUCGCCUACAAGAAAACCUUUGUCCAAACUCCACGCUUGACACAGGCACUCCGAAGCCUGUGCACACGCUUCCCCUUGUUGUCGCCCACCAUUCGUCUUACCAAACAAUGGUUUAAUUCCCACCUGUUUACUGCCCAAAUCAGCGACGAGUUGAUUGAAUUGCUGGUAAUUCGCACCUUCACUCAACCUAACCCCUGGGAAUGUCCUUCGUCUGUCAUGACCGGAUUCCUGAGAACUCUCCACUUCCUCUCUCGGUGGGACUGGCAGCAGGAGCCGUUCGUUGUUGAUCUGGGAGGUGAACUGACCCCACAAGUGACGGAAAAUAUCCGCACUCGCUUCACAGCUUGGCGCAGCAUCGACCCUGCGAUGAACAGCCUGGCCCUUUUCGUCGCCUCUGACCUCGAUACUGAAGGAGUGACCUGGACCCAAUACGAGAUGCCCUCCAAGGUUGUGGCUGCUCGGAUGUCCAGCCUGGCCAAAGCAGCAGUAAGCCUGCUACGAAGCAAACCCCUCGAUAUGGAUGUUUCCGAGUUGUUUGAUACCUCGCUUGCUCCCUACGACUUUGUCAUCCACCUUCGCCCAAAGCUGUUUAGCGGUUCCUCGGUACCCAAAUUCAAGAACUUGGCCGAACCCCGUGCUGGAAUGAUGCAGACCAUCAAGUCAUUUGUCUGUGAUGUACAAGCCUGCUACAGCCAGAGCAUUUUGCUCUUCCACGGAGACGAUCGUUGUGCAGUGAUUGCUGGCCUUUGGAACCCACAGACCCUGAAGUCGCGAAGCUGGAACCUGAAGACAGCAUACUCGACCGCCCCAGGUGAUACCGAAGGUGAGGUCGUAAUCAACCAAACUGCUAUUCUGAACGAGAUCGCGCGGUUGGGCAACGGGCUCAUCGAAAACGUUGAGGUCGGUGCAGAUGAAUAG